GGGCCCCAGCCUCCUCCUAGGGAGAACAGGGCGGGGCGUCGGCGAGCGGCAGGAGAAAGCAGCCUCUGUCUCUCCAUGUAGCAUACGUCUGUCUCGUCUUGGAAUGAUGACCAUUGCCUUGGUCCCACCAUCCCUUUCUCCAGGGCACCGUAUAUGUCGGGGGAACCCCUCUUAAGACACCGACCCACUCUUGUCCAACAAGUAUUUCCCCCGUUAGGGAUGGUAUUAGCCACUAUCGGUCCAUUUUGAAGUGAAGAAAGCAGCGUUGGGAGCGAAGCGCGCAGACAAUUACGCGUGUCGAGUCGCGCUGUAGCGGUCCUAUGCAGCUAAAAAAAUCGCCAUUGUUUGGAUGAACGAGAUACUGGUGAAAGCUAAGAAAAGGAGACUUUUGUCUGCGAGCUAUCAUGGUCUCAACAUUUCUUUGGGCGAUCUAUCUCCAGUGUUUCAUCCAGAGCAGCGCGGCCUUCCGGGUGACCCUGCGGGACGAGGACUGGAUGGCGGCCGUCCUGGAGCCGUCGGACCUGCGGGACAACGUCACCGAGUACGCCGCGCUGCUGGCCGGCGAGCCGCACCCCCGCCUGGUCCCGUUCCUCCCGCUCCCCGCCGACGGCAGCCUCCCGCCGCCGCUGGUGCUCAACGUGACGCACCCCGGCCUGGCCUACCGGGUGGCGCUGCUGGCCCGGGACGGACGGGCCUGGACCCGGCCACUCCGCAGCGUGGGCGUCCUCACACAGCCUCUGCCAGUGGACAGCGCGACCAUAUCAGACUACAGAGAGGCUCCGGAGACGGGGGUGGUGUUUGAGAUCAGCUCCCCGCCGAACAACGUCUUCAGCCGGGUGAACAUCAGCUACGUGGAGGGGUCCGACCUGCGCUCUAUGCUCUAUAAAGAUUUCUACCGGGGAAAGACGGUGUUUAAGCACUGGCUGCCCGGGCUGUGCUACAGGAACGUCACCUUCCAGCUCAUCUCCGAGGCCACCAUCAACAGGACCGCCGUGGUGCGGCAUAGCGGCGUCACCCACCGGGCCCUACAGCACAGGACAGUGCCGAACCCGCCGCGCAACAUCACCUGGAAGCUGGUCCCCCUCAGCCAGGAGGGGGCGGCCCUCCCCCCGGGGCACCCCCCCCAGCCCCGCCAGGCCCGGGACGUCCCCCUCCUGGAGGAGGAGUUCCAGGGCGAGGUCCACGCCGACGAGGAGGAGUACCCUUCAGAGGAGGCCCCCACCGAGCCCCCGACGCAGAACGCCACGGCAACCGCCGCCGCCGACGACUACGCCUACGCCAACGCCACCGCUACCGCUAACGACGGCGGCGUCGCCAACGGCAACGAGACGGCGGAGGCGGACGAGGACUCGGCCUUCCGGACGCGGCCCUUUACCUGGCCCGCCCCCACCGGGACCCCGCCCCCCCCCGCCGACCGGGCGGCGGAGGGGGAGGAGUUUGUGAACGGGCUGCUGCCGGAGUACGAGGACUCCAACGAGCCGGGCUCCGCCCUGGGCAACGUGACGGAGACGGCGACGGUGGACGUCAACACCCACGAGUUCUUCACGGAGCCCACGGAGCCGGGGACGUACCGCGUCCUGGUCACGGCGCUGAGCUCCGCCGGGGACUGCGAGGCCCGGGAGAGCUCCUCCUACUCUGCCUUCACCUUCUACCUCAGUGGGGAUCUGUCGGCGCGUGAUUGGCUAACAGUGAGCACAUAG